AUGCUGCUGGGCCCCUGGCUGCUGGCGGCGGCGGCGGCGGUGGCGGCGGCGGGCGCGGGCUGCCCGGUGCUGUGCAGCUGCCGCGGGCAGGCGGUGGACUGCAGUGGGCAGCAGCUCUUCUCCGUGCCCCCCGAGCUGCCGCUGGACACCGGCAACCUGAGCCUGGCCCACAACCGCAUCGCCAGCAUCCCGCCGGGCUACCUGGGCUGCUACGGGCAGCUGCGCGCCCUCGACCUGCGCAACAACUCGCUGGCGGCGCUGCCGGCCGGGCUGUUCCGCGGCGCCCGGCGCCUGGCGCACCUGGACCUCAGCUACAACAACUUCAGCCUGGUGCCCGCCGACAUGUUCCGCGAGGCCAGCGCGCUGCUGCGCCUCGACCUCAGCCACAACCCGGGGCUGCGCCGCGUCCACCCGCAGGCCUUCCGCGGCCUGGCCCAGCUGCGCGAGCUGGACCUCAGCUACGGCGGCCUGGCCGCCCUCAGCCUCGAUGCCCUGGAGGGGCUGCCCGGCCUCGUGGGGCUGCGCCUGGGAGGAAACCCCUGGCUCUGCGGCUGUGCCAUGGAGCCCCUCCUCAAGUGGCUGCGGGGACGCAUCCAGCGCUGCUCCGCAGAUUCGCAGCAGGCGGAGUGCUGGGCUCCCCCCGAGGUGGCGGGGGCCCCGCUGCUGUCGCUGACAGAGGAGAGCUUCCAGGCCUGCCACCUCACGCUGACCCUCGACGACUAUCUCUUCAUCGCCUUCGUCGGCUUCGUCGUCUCCAUCGCCUCGGUGGCCACCAACUUCCUGCUGGGCAUCACGGCCAACUGCUGCCACCGCUGGAGUAAGGCCAGCGAGGACGAGGAUGUUUAGGGACCGCUGCCACCACAGCCGAU